GGGCGCCCCCGCAGCCGGGAGCCGAGGCGUGGUCCAUCGCCAAGCGCGCCCAGUUCUGCGGAUCAGGAGUUGGACCACAGCACCUUCCCUUCCUCCCAGCCCUGCCUCCUUCUGUAGAACGGAGCUCAACAGGACUUUGUUAUUUUGCCUUUUACUCUGAGGGGAGAGAAGCAGACGAUGAGCAAGGCAAAGCUGGCUGGAUCCAGGCUUCAGAUUUCAGAAGGGACUCGAGAAAAGGAGAAAAUAAUGAAUGUCAAAGGAAAAGUGAUUCUGUCAAUGCUGGUUGUCUCAACUGUAAUUGUCGUGUUUUGGGAAUAUAUCAACAGCCCAGAAGGCUCUUUCUUGUGGAUCUAUCACUCAAAAAACCCAGAACUUGGUGACAACGGCAGUCAGAAGGGCUGGUGGUUUCCGAACUGGUUUGAAAAUGGGACCCACAAUUCCCAAGAGGAAGAAGACAUAGAGAGAGAAAAGGAAGACAACGAAGAGCUUCAGCUAUCCGACUGGUUUAAUCCAGAGAAACGGCCAAAGGUGGUGACAGUGACUAGUUGGAAGGCACCUGUGGUGUGGGAAGGCACUUACAACAGAGCCAUCUUAGAAAAUUACUAUGGCAAACAGAAGAUUACCGUGGGUUUGACGGUUUUUGCUAUCGGAAGAUACAUUGAGCAUUACUUGGAGGAGUUCUUAACAUCUGCUAAUAGCACAAAGAAACUACAGAGGACAUAUCAAUGCUGGUCUGUGAAUACUCUACCAGAAUUAAAUCUAUCAGACUGGUUUUUUCCCAGAGCAUCCACGAAUGCAACUACCAACUGGUUAGCUCCAAUUGUGUGGCAUAGCACUUAUAAAGAAGAAGUACUGGAAAAUUAUUAUGCACAUCAUAAAAUUACUGUGGGGCUGACUGUGUUUGCUGUGGGAAGAUAUAUUGAAUUCUAUUUGUUCAACUUUUUAUCAUCUGCUAAUAAGCAUUUUAUGGUUGGCCAGAAAGUCAUAAUUUAUGUUCUGACAGAUAACUUGUCCAAAUUGCCUUGGAUAAAGCUGAAUACCCUCCGGACAAUCAAAAUUUUUGAAAUUAAGCGAGAGAAGAGAUGGCAAGAUAUUAGUAUGAUGCGCAUGAAGACCAUCAGUGAGCAUGUUGUAGAUCACAUACAAUAUGAAGUUGACUACCUCUUCUGCAUGGACGUGGAUCAAGUCUUCAUGCAGAAAUAUGGAUUAGAGACCCUAGGGGAGUCAGUAGCUCAGUUACAUUCUAAUUGGUAUAAUGCACAUCCUAUAAAGGUACCUUAUGAGAGAAAUAACUUAUCAGAAGCAUACAUACCUAUUGGUGAGGGCGACUUUUAUUACCAUGCUGCUGUAUUUGGUGGCACUCCCAUUCAGGUUCUCAACAUUGCCAGAGAGUGCUUCAAAGGAAUCAUGAAUGAUAAGAAAAAUAACAUUGAAGCAGUGUGGCAUGAUGAAAGUCACUUAAACAAGUAUUUCUUUCUCCAUAAACCUACUAAACUCUUAUCUCCAGAAUAUAGCUGGGAUACUAAUACAAAACGUACCAGUGAAAUUAAAGCUAUUAAAAUGCGUUGGGCUCCUAAGUAUUAUAACAUUCUUAGAGCAACACAUAAUAUUGAAGCCCUUCCUUUAUAGUUCUGAAUUUAAGAGCAUCGUUUUGUCUUAUAUCUUAGAUAAUUAGCACUUGACAAAUUUUAGCACUAAAAAGUCACUAACAAAAUGGCAAGCCCACCAAACAGCAUACUCAUACUUUCAUUUCAAAUUGUAUAAAGUGAGAUGUAGCAGUUGCAGAAAGAAUUUGUUGACAUCAGAUGAUAAUAUAGCUAUUUCAUAUUCUCUGUCAAUGUUGAGGAUAUAUUAUUUGUUGGAUCACAUUCAACAAAAUAGAACCUGUCACAAGAAAGUGAAACUUGAAAUAUUUUCAUUGACCAAAGUAGGUAUUCAUGCAUUUCUCAUUUUGUUUAAGGAAAGGGAUUGUCUAAAAGUGUGGGUAAGGGAAAGUCACUGCAACUAUACUAAUAUACUCUUUAUGUAAAACUUUGAGGACAUUAAAGCUGCCACCAGAUGGGCAGACAAUUACUUAGGAAACUUUGAGUCAUUCAAAGAGAACUAUGUAUUUUAAAGCUUACAAAAUUGUUUGUUAUAAAAACCAAUGAAAAUAAAAAUAAUAUACAGAGAAAAUUGAAAGCCUCCCUUUACU